AUGCUCUUCACCGUCGCCUCCGUCAUCGCCGCCUCGGCCGGCCUCAGCUCCGCUGCCUCCAUCCCCAAGCGGGACAACGGCAUCAGCGUCACCCCCCACGAGCAGUACUCGUCGUCCAUCGGCGCCCUGGGCUGCAAGCUCGACACCAACCGCGUCGCCUACUGGCCCGAGACCGUCACCUGUGACAACAUCUGCGUCAAGGUGACCAACGGCGACCGCAGCGUCCACCUCCUCCGCGUCGACCAGUCCGGCGGCGCCCACGACAUCUCCUACGAUGCCUGGAACUACCUCGUCUCCGGCGCCAGCGCCGAGUCCAACCCCCAGUCGGGCGGCGGCGUCGCCAUGACCUACGAGCAGGUCGACGGCGACGAGUGCAAGGACCUCCUCACCGACGGCAAGCUGGCCCUGUCCGCCGGCAACAGCAUGAACUUCUACGCCUCGUGCCUGGGCGGCAACAACUGGGUCGCCAAGAACGCCGAGCUCGUCAACAUUGCCGACCCCACCUGCAAGUACGGCCACGAUGAGGUCUGCACCCUCGACCUCAACACCAGCAACCAGCCCCAGUGCCCCCACACCCUGGGCUCCCAGGACCCCACCGACGGCCUUACCAUCAAGAACGUCGAGUACGGCACCGGCAAGGUCUACACUGCCCUGUAA